CGCACAUGUGGAGUAAUUCGCGCAUGACAGCAACACUGGGUAUGCCGAACCUUUCCAGUCCAUUGCUCGCUAAGUCUCGACUAUGCGACCAACGUGCUAUUGAUGACUGCCAUUGCGUGGGCAAUGCAAGAAGUAUCUACCCGUGACACCCCAGCGUUGUCUGCCGCGUGCGCCAACGAUAACAUGGGUUGGUUUUCCUCGAAUCUACUUAGGAGUUACGCGCAUGUUCGUGCAAUGCGCAUCAAACUACUUCCUACGUUCUCAAUUGUGAUUCUCGUCUAUAUCUCCAUCGCCAUCAAAUAUCUCUUCUCUCUGACUCACUGCCAGCGCUCACUUGUUUACUUUCGCACGGCGUAAUGGCCGGGUACGCCGCGUCCUUUGUAGCUGACAGAUCUAAUUUGACUAGCUGCCAUCCAAUGUCGCAAAUCAGACCCGAUCCUAUCCGCGCCAAUCACGGCAGCUGUUCUCCGGUUUACAAU